AUGUAUGAAGUGGAAAGAGAAAGCGAAGAAGAACAGGGAAAGGGGGUAGGAGUUGCCAGGAAGGCACUCUUAAAAACACAAGGUUGUAAAACCGAGAAGAAGAAGAAGAAGAAGAGGAAGAAGAGAAAGAAGAGGAAGAAGAAGAAGAAGAAGAAGAAGAAGAAGAAGAAGAAGAAGAAGAAGAAGAAGAAGAAGAAGAAGAAGAAGAAGAAGAAGAAGAAGAAGAAGAAGAAGAAGAAGAAGAAGAAGAAGAAGAAGAAGAAGAAGAAGAAGAAGAAGAGGCGGCGGCGGCGGCGGCAGCAGCAGCAGCAGCAGCAGCAAGAAUCUCUAGGGAAAGGGCUCCUGUUGAGCAGCAGUACCAACAGUGAGAGGAGCUCCAUUCUGAGCCACCAGGCAGAGACUCGCUGAAGAACACACCGCAGCUGUGCAGAGGACAGGGUAGCCGUGUGGAUCUUCAUCACGCAGACUGGGAGUUACACUGCCACUCUACACAUCCAGUCAAAAGGUUCUACCUCAGCGUUGUUGGGCUAUACUGGCUUCACAACUUCUGGCUUGAAAAAUCACUGGGAUGGUGCCUUCAUUCACUCUGAGAUGGAGUCAUUUAGCCCAGUAGAAAAAGGCUCUUUACCGACUUUCAAUGGAAACACUGAAGGGAGCAGUUACUACAGAGAGAGCAGGGCCAAAAAUGCAGAUUGUGAAUACCUCAGCACUACAGCAUUAGGCUCAAGAACUACUCUGAUGGUUGACCAAAUGAAAACUGAGACUAAUGAACAAUGUAGUGUUAACCAUGAUGAACAUCUUCUCACUGCAAUAAAAAUUGAGCCUGAUGAACUGGACCAAAUGAAUACAAAACAGGAAAACCACAGAGAUGAUGGGGAUUUUGGAAAUUUGCCAGUGAACACACUGCAGACUGAAUCUAAUUAUGAUUUACCUGAGAUUGAAAUGGAAACUGAGGAAGAUCAAAGUGAAUGUGGUGGUGUUAGAAAGAGGUUCAGUCUUCAGGGUAAUAAGAGUUUAAGUGACAUGAAAAACAUUAGGUCUCACAGUGAAAUUGACCUGGAUGAGAAAUAUGUUUCUAAGGACAGUGGGAAGCUUUUACAGACUUCAGAGGUCAAUGAAAGGCAGAAAGAGACUCCCACAGGAGAUAAGUUGUAUGCCUGUAGACCACA